UUUCGAUUUCAGACAUGGUGAGUGUAGCUGUGUUCUCCGCGCUCCUGUCCGGAAGGGUCGGGGGGAGGCCGGGCAGGGUGAUCGCUGAGCUGCUCAGGCCCCGAAGGCUUGGAUGCCAAGUACUGGAGACUAGUUGGGUUAAGACACGGGCUUUGAUGGGUUUCUUGUGGGCUCAGAGAGGGUGAAGAAUUAGUCAGCUUUUUUGCUGACCUCGCGGGCACAAUUACCGCUGCUAAUUUUGCUCCGGCUUCGGGCGGGCCUCUGGAUUCAGCGGCCGGAUUUUUUAAUCCCUUUAAAAAGCCAGGGAAGGGCCUCCAUGGUGGCGCAAGGGUUUAAGCGCUGCACUACGAAGCAAGCCGCAUCCUCUGCUGCACGAGUUCGAGUCCUCGGCCCGCCAGGGAGCUACCCACAUGGCACGGCAGACCUCUCCUGUCUCAUCCGCUGCUCUCUCAGCAGUGUGUUUCAGUCAAUCUGCCUGUUCUGUUUCCCACUCUGUCUCUGGUGGAUCCUCUCAUUCCCCCCUGCAUCUCUGGCCUGUACCCCAGCUCUUGUAUGCAUAAGUAAAUAAAUCUUAAAAAAAAAAAAAAGCCAGGGCAAUCUUUUAAAAAAAAUCGUUUGGAAUAUUUAGAAUUGCUAGUGGUUUUGUUUUGUUGAAGAUACUGCGUAUUUUUGGUCGGGUCCGAGGGAAAUGCGCUGCUUAAUCUUUUGCGGUCCAGGCACCGAAAAUCUAGAUGGAGUGGAGGCAGGGGGAGGAAAUGCUUGCAAUUAGAAGCAGUACCUUUAGCACCCGAGGGUGUGUGUUUUCUGUUGAAAGUAAGAUUAAAGGUGGAUAAAGCUAGUAACAUUACAUACAUAGAAGGUGCUUGAUAAAAUGGAAUUACAAAGAAUUAUAAAUGACUGGUUAGCUUAUUUACCAUAAUGAUUAAUCUGCUUUCUGUCACAUGUAAAUGGUAAGUUCUUAAUUGGUAAGCUUUGCACUCGACGGUAUUGUAUUUCAUUGUAAGUGAAAGAUGAUAGAUGAAGGUAAUAAUUUUUUGGGUCAAUGAUGAGUUGGCAUGUAUUCUGAAUCAAAAGUUGAUUAUUUCAACCAUAGCUCUAGAAUUACUCUGAGACCUGAAAAAUAACCUGAAUCUUAGCUACAAGAGCUUAAGUGUUGAGCUAUUUCUGUCAGAUAUUUGGCAGUUUUUAAAAUGAAAGUUUUUUUGUACUGCAAAAUGAAAAGAAAAAUAAGUUUAGAUAUGUGUUGAAUACAUUCUUUGGGCAGAGCAUUAGAAGGUAAACAUUAUGAAAACACUGCUUUUUAUUUUUUAAAAGGGUACGCCACAGAAGGAUGUUAUUAUCAAGUCAGAUGCACCUGACUCACUGUUACUGGAAAAGCACGCAGAUUAUAUUGCAUCCUAUGGCUCAAAGAAAGAUGAUUAUGAAUACUGUAUGUCUGAGUAUUUGAGAAUGAGUGGCGUCUAUUGGGGUCUGACUGUAAUGGAUCUCAUGGGACAACUUCAUCGCAUGAAUAGAGAAGAAAUUCUAACAUUCAUUAAGUCAUGUCAACACGAGUGUGGUGGAGUAAGUGCUAGUAUCGGACAUGAUCCUCAUCUUUUGUACACACUUAGUGCCGUCCAGAUCCUUACUCUGUAUGAUAGUAUUAAUGUUAUUGAUGUAAACAAAGUUGUGGAAUAUGUUCAGAGUCUACAGAAAGAAGAUGGUUCUUUCGCUGGAGACAUUUGGGGAGAAAUUGAUACAAGAUUUUCUUUUUGUGCUGUGGCAACUUUGGCUCUGUUGGGGAAACUAGAUGCUAUCAAUGUGGAAAAGGCAAUUGAAUUUGUUUUAUCAUGUAUGAACUUUGAUGGUGGAUUUGGUUGCAGACCAGGUUCUGAAUCCCAUGCUGGGCAGAUCUAUUGUUGCACAGGAUUUCUGGCUAUUACUAACCAGUUGCAUCAAGUAAAUUCUGACUUACUUGGUUGGUGGCUCUGUGAACGACAGUUACCAUCUGGUGGGCUCAAUGGAAGGCCAGAGAAGUUACCAGAUGUGUGCUAUUCAUGGUGGGUGUUGGCUUCUCUGAAGAUAAUUGGAAGGCUUCACUGGAUUGAUAGAGAGAAACUACGUACUUUCAUCUUAGCAUGUCAAGAUGAAGAAACAGGAGGAUUUGCAGAUAGACCAGGAGAUAUGGUGGAUCCUUUUCAUACUUUAUUUGGAAUUGCUGGAUUGUCACUUUUGGGAGAAGAACAGAUUAAGCCUGUUAGCCCUGUUUUCUGCAUGCCGGAAGAGGUUCUUCGAAGAGUGAAUGUUCAGCCUGAACUAGUGGUCUAGAUAAACUGGUGCAAAAGUUGCUUACUAUAUAGUUUUGCUGUUUUAACAUUUGCUUUUUGAAAAGUGCUUAUCAGAUCUAAAUGACUACUCUGUUAAUAUUAUGUAUAUGAUUUUAUUAAUUUUAAUAAAUUAUAAUUAUAGAUAUAUUGUAAAAUAAAGACCUUUAUUGUAUCUUCAGCUUAAAGCUUUUCUUCUGGAAUGCUCUAUUUAGAUUUGUGGAAUGCUAUUUUAUGUUAUAUAAUGCUGAUGUAAAUUAAUCUGUUAAUGAUACUAUUACCUGAUAAAUGGAUAAACCUCACAUGUGAAUUAAAGGUACACAAAAAUGAAUGGCUGUUGAAAUUUGGGGAAUAUUUCAUAGGUUUAUGGUUACUCUGAAUCCAUCACAAAAUAAUUUUAGAUAAAUGGCAAUUCACAUUAGAAUAGGAUUUUAGUAUGGGACUAUACUAAUAAGUUACCCCAAUAAGUAAUGCAACGGGCGAGAUAGGAACAGUCUGCUGUGCCAUGUGGAUCUGCUCCCUGGCUGUGAUGGAACUUGUGCUACAGUGGCUGUGGAUAGCUUCGUGGUGCUGAGAUUCAAUCCCCUGUACCGCCAGGGAGUCCCAAGCACUGCAAUUUUUGCACAUGGGCGUGUGUGAAUACCUUACUGAGUAAGCUAUUAAGUAUGAAUUCAGUAGUGUUUUAAACACAACUAAUAAUAUCCAGUGUUCUCAGUCCUAGCAUUUAUGAAGUUGGCAUUCCCAUAUUUAAGAAGAGCCAAUUUCCUUGAGGUCAUCUACAAAACUGAAAUCUGUCUUUCUUUAGCUUAUUCAUAUGUGUGAAAGCACAGUAAAUUGAGAAAUGUUCUUAAAACUUCCAAGAUACCUCACCCAUUCUGUCCUAAAUUCUUACUGUACUAGCCAUCUCAGCAGUGACUAACAGCCCUGUGGAUAUUUUUAAACUGGGAAGUUAACAGUUCUAGUAAGGAUAAUGUUGGAUGGGUUGUGCUAAUACAUAAAAAAUGUUUUUGCAUUUUUAGGCACUGCAUACACAGUGGACAACGUGUAUAUUUAAAAAUAAAAAGGAUGCAAAGGACCUCUCCUUGGUGGCACAAGGAGUUAAGUCUCAGUGCUACAAGAGCUAUGGGCAGCCACUGCUGCAUGAAUUUGAUCUCCCUCCAGCCCCUUUCUCCCCACCCCAGAGAGCUGACCCACGUGGUACAGCAGACCAGUCUCACCCAGUCUCACCCACUGCAUCCCUCAAGCAGUGUAUUUCAGUAGAUCUGCCUGUUCUGCCCCCAAAUCUCUCUAGUGAAUUCUCACCCUCCACCCCCCUGACCUCUGGCCUACAACCCAGCUCUUGUAUAUGCAUAAAUAAAUAAAACCUUUAAAAAAGUAAGAUGCAAGUGUUUGGUGGUAUGUGGUAAAAAGGAGCACUAAGCCCUUUGUGAU